AUGUUAUUCAAAUAUUUCCUACUUCAGGUACUUGUUACCUUGACUACAGUCACUGCACUCCCUGUACUUGACAUUGUGGACAAUAGUCUUGAGGCCCGGGAUGAUGAGGCUGCAAAUCAGUAUGGACGUAACAGCCAUUGUGGAAGCCAAGCCACAUUGAAACACGGCAGGUGCGUGUGCUACAAGGAGGGCCAAGUGUUUAACCCGGCCACGAAGGAGUGCGACUGUCCUUACGGACAGGAAUGGAAUAGAAAGGAUGGAUGUACAGAGCCUCAAAUUAAAAGGCGGGCAACGGCAUACAAUCCUCCUACGACGAAACGUCCAGUACCAGAGUACAAGCCUCCUACAACAAAGCGUCCAGUACCAGAGUACAAGCCUCCUACAACAAAGCGUCCAGUACCAGAGUACAAGCCUCCUACAACAAAGCGUCCAGUACCAGAGUACAAGCCUCCUACAACAAAGCGUCCAGUACCAGAGUACAAGCCUCCUACAACAAAGCGUCCAGUACCAGAGUACAAGCCUCCUACAACAAAGCGUCCAGUACCAGAGUACAAGCCUCCUACAACAAAGCGUCCAGUACCAGAGUACAAGCCUCCUACAACAAAGCGUCCAGUACCAGAGUACAAGCCUCCUACAACAAAGCGUCCAGUACCAGAGUACAAGCCUCCUACAACAAAGCGUCCAGUACCAGAGUACAAGCCUCCUACAACAAAGCGUCCAGUACCAGAGUACAAGCCUCCUACAACAAAGCGUCCAGUACCAGAGUACAAGCCUCCUACAACAAAGCGUCCAGUACCAGAGUACAAGCCUCCUACAACAAAGCGUCCAGUACCAGAGUACAAGCCUCCUACAACAAAGCGUCCAGUACCAGAGUACAAGCCUCCUACAACAAAGCGUCCAGUACCAGAGUACAAGCCUCCUACAACAAAGCGUCCAGUACCAGAGUACAAGCCUCCUACAACAAAACGUCCAGUACCAACAUAUAAACCUCCUACCACAAAACGCCCAGUACCAACAUAUAAGCCUCCUACCACAAAACGUCCAGUACCAACAUACAAGCCUCCUACCACAAAACGUCCGGUACCAACAUACAAGCCUCCUACCACAAAACCCUACAACUACAUACAAGCCUCCUACCACAAGACGGCCAACGACAACAUACAGGCCUCCUACUACAUUCAAGCCUCCUACCACAAGUCGGCCAACGACAACAUACAGGCCUCCUACUACAUUCAAGCCUACAACUACAAGACGGCCAACGACAACAUACAGGCCUACAACAACAUUAAAGCCUCCUACCACAAGACGGCCAACGACAACAUACAGGCCUCCUACUACAUUCAAGCCUCCUACCACAAGUCGGCCAACGACAACAUACAGGCCUACAACAACAUUAAAGCCUCCUACCACAAGACGGCCAACGACAACAUACAGGCCUCCUACUACAUUCAAGCCUACAACUACAAGACGGCCAACGACAACAUACAGGCCUACAACAACAUUAAAGCCUCCUACCACAAGACGGCCAACGACAACAUACAGGCCUCCUACUACAUUCAAGCCUACAACUACAAGACGGCCAACGACAACAUACAAGCCUACGACCACAUACAAGCCUACGACCACAUUAAAGCCGACAACCACAACGCAACCAUUACACAGUCGACUAUUAGUCAGUCCGCUAGUACCCACUCCACUAGUACUACUCAGGCCACCACUCAAUCUACAAAAGCUACUCAAUCUACUGAGACCAGCACUAGGUCUACGACUGCUACCCAGUCUACUAGCACUGGAUCUACCGAGAGCAGCACUAAGUCUACGACAGCUACUCAGUCUACAACAACUACUCAGUCUACAACCGCUACCCAGUCUACUAGCACUGGGUCUACAACAGACACUCAGUCUACAACUGGCACACAGUCUACUGAGACCAGCACUAAGUCUACGACAGCUACUCAGUCUACUGAGACUAGCACUAAAUCUACAACAGCUACUCAAUCUACAACAGCUACUCAAUCUACGACAGCUACUCAGUCUACUGAGACUAGCACUAAGUCUACGACUGGCACUCAGUCUACUAAGACCAGCAGUCAAUCGACUGAGACUAGCACUAGGUCUACAACUGGCACUCAGUCUACUGAUACAAGCACUCAGUCUACUAGCAGUCAAUCGACUGAGACUAGCACUAAAUCUACAACAGCUACUCAGUCUACCACCGCUACCCAGUCUACUAGCACUGAGUCUACAACAGACACUCAGUCUACUGAGACAAGCAGUCAGUCUACUAGCAAUGAGUCUACAGGGACUAAGACCACUACUGUCACUCAAUCUACAGCUACUGAGACAACAACAGUCACUCAGCCUACGACUAGUACGCAGUCUACUGAUACAACCCUACGCACAAUGACCCGGACCACAACGGACACUCAGCCAACUAGCACUGCGUCUACCGAGACUAUGACUGCUACUACUACUCAAUCUACUGAAACUAGCAGUCAGUCUACCACUACUGAGAUAACAACGGCCACUCAGCCUACGACUAGUACGCAGUCCACAGGCACUGAGUCUACUGCGACUAAAACCACGACUAUUACGCAGUCUACUGAUACAACCCUACGCACAAUGACCCGGACUACAACGGACACUCAGUCCACUAGCACUGCGUCUACCGAGACUAUGACUGCUACUACCACUCAGUCCACUCAGUCCACGCAGUCCACAACUGUCAGUCAACCUACUGGAAGUACAACUGCUACCGAGUCAACUGAUACCAAGACCACGGCGGCCACCGACUCAACAAGCACCCAGUCUACUGUGAAAACAACAGCUACUGAGUCAACUGACACUCAGUCAUCCACCGUUACUCAGUCUACAACAGCUACUGAGUCAACUGACACUCAGUCAUCCACCGUUACUCAGUCUAUAACAGCUACUCAGUCAACUGGUACCGAGACCACAUCAGUCACUCAAUCUACAACUGCUACCGAGUCUGCGGAUACUACCCUCAGUACCUCGACUCUCUCUAAGUCUACAACUGUUACGCAGUCUACCACUUCUGUUCAGUCUACUGAAACUACAACUGUUAUUCAGUCUACUGACACUACCGAGAGCACAUCAACUGCUACUCAACCGACUGCUACUACUCAGCUUACCGAGACUACCGUUUCGACUAGAUCUACAACUACUGUCGUUUCCACUGCCACAACAGAAUCUAAGACUGUCACUGUGUCAACAUCUACAACGGAAUCGUCAACUGCAAUUGUAUCUACUGCCACAUCGCAGUCCACGACUGCGGUAGUAUCUUCUACAACGGAACCUACAACCGCAAUUGUAUCUACUGCCACAUCGCAGUCCACGACUGCGGUAGUAUCUUCGUCGACGGUAUCUACAACCGCAAUUGUAUCUACUACCACGACACAAUCUACAGCUGCUAUUACAUCUACCUCGACCACUCAGUCUACAAGCGUUGUUGCCCAAACCACGACACAGGCCACGGCCACAACACUUGUAACAAGUGUCACUACAGCAAAGGCGACAACCUCAACUACAAGUUCUAUAAAGGCCGCAAGCACAAAGUAG